CCAUAAGCUUCCAUCUCCAACCCAAAUCGUAUAAUCUUCUGUAACCCUAGCUUUCAGCACUACUCAAAUCUCCAAUGGCUCGUACCAAGCAAACCGCUCGCAAGUCCACCGGAGGCAAGGCCCCGAGAAAGCAGCUGGCGACAAAGGCGGCAAGAAAGUCUGCUCCAGCCACCGGCGGAGUGAAGAAGCCUCACAGGUUCAGGCCCGGAACCGUGGCUCUCCGUGAGAUCAGAAAGUACCAGAAGAGUACCGAGCUUCUCAUCAGGAAGCUCCCAUUCCAGCGCCUUGUUCGUGAAAUCGCUCAAGAUUUCAAAACCGAUCUUCGGUUUCAGAGCACCGCUGUUGCCGCACUUCAGGAAGCUGCCGAGUCUUAUUUGGUUGGUCUGUUUGAGGACACUAACCUUUGCGCCAUUCACGCCAAGAGAGUCACCAUCAUGCCUAAGGAUAUUCAGCUUGCUAGGCGUAUCAGGGGUGAACGGGCUUAGGCAUUUUGGGUUGAUUUGUAUACAGGCUUGGUGUUCUUGUCCAUGUACGAUCUGAUCAAGUAUUGGAAUGAGAAAUUUAAGCAUUUGAUAUUAGAAAGGGUUGUUUAGAAAGUUGUUAAUGGCGUUGUUUGAUUGUUCUGUGAUUCAUCUUGGCAAAUCAAUUUGGCAAUGCUACUUCUAAUCACUUACUUUUUCAA